AUUUUUCCAAUCAGCCCUGAUUUGAAGAGGGAGUGGUUACAGAAUUCAUUGGACAACACCUAUUUCGUUUUUCUGGCAAAUCCAGCUGGCUAGUACAGCCAACAGAAACGCCCUGCUCAGACUUUCCAACACAACACUAGAACUCUUCUAAGCUGUGUGUCAGUCCGCUGUGUAUCAGUCAGCUGCAGGGAUGGCGCACCAGGAGCAGAGCACAGCCACUUUCCCCGAGCACAUCCGCAAGAAACGGAACGGUGAACAGCUGAGCGCUGGGGAGAUCCGAGACUUCGUACAGGGUGUCAAGGACAAGACCAUCCAAGAGAGUCAGAUUGGAGCCAUGCUGAUGGCAAUCUGGCUGCAGGGAAUGGUAGCGGAGGAGACUCACGCACUGACGAAGGAGAUGAUGCUGUCAGGGGAAGUGAUGUCAUGGCCGGCAGAGUGGGCGGGGCUAAUGGUGGAUAAACACUCGACGGGUGGAGUGGGGGACAAGAUCAGCCUGGUGCUGGCUCCUGCUCUGGCUGCCUGCGGCUGUAAGGUACCCAUGAUAAGUGGCAGAGGUCUGGCGCACACAGGCGGCACGCUGGACAAACUGGAGUCCAUCCCUGGUUAUAACGUCUAUCAGUCAGUACAACAGCUGCAUCGAAUCCUGGAGGAGGUUGGCUGUUGCAUUGUAGGACAGACAGAUAACCUGGUGCCUGCUGACAAGGUCAUGUACGCUCUGAGAGACGUUACGUCUACAGUCGACAGCCUCCCACUCAUCACAGGCUCUAUCAUCUCUAAGAAGGGUGCUGAGUCUCUGAAUGCGUUGGUUCUGGAUGUGAAGUUUGGGAAUGCAGCUCUCUACAAAGACCUGGGCAGUGCCAAGUCACUGGCCCAGUCCAUGGUGACAGUUGGGAACAGUUUGGGGAUCCGUACGGGGGCGGUGCUUAGUCGUAUGAACUGUCCUAUUGGUCGCUGUGUGGGGAACACUCUGGAAGUGAUGGAGUCCCUGGAGUGUCUAAAGGGGAGGGGCCCCGACGACAUACUGGAGCUGGUCACAAGUCUGGGUGGGCUGCUGUUGUGGAUGAUUGGCCGUGCAGGGAGCCUGGAGGAGGGUAAAAAGGUGAUCUCUAAAACCCUGCAGAAUGGUGCAGCCCUGGAAAAGUUCCAGAACAUGAUGAUUGGUCAGGGAGUAACCAGUCAGAUCGCUGCAUCACUCUGUUCAACCAACGCAGACUACUACAGCAUCCUGAGAAGGGCACACUACCAGACAGAACUGGAGACAGAGGGCCACGGGACAGUGCUGGACAUAGACGGCAUGGUCAUUGCUCAGGUGCUGCACAGGUUGGGAGCGGGACGUUCGAAGGCCGGAGACCCUGUCAAUCACAGCGUGGGGGCGGAGCUUCUGGUGUCUUUGGGACAGAAGGUGGAGAAAGGGCAGCCAUGGCUGCGUGUCCACUACGAGACUCCGGCGCUGAGUGCAGAGCAGAGACUCAGUCUACAAGGGGCGCUGACACUGGGGACCGCCGACCAGCUACACACACAGCCACUAGUGGCAGAAAUCAUACUGCCAUAGUGACACAAAUCCACUCUAUGUUAAAGCUUGAUUGGGAGAUGACCUGCCUUUGGGAAUCUCAGUGUUUAAUUUUUAAAGGAUGUAUAGAUCAGAACUAAAGGCCUGUGUCUCCUGCUCUUCACUCUCAAAGUCCUCUCUGAACCACCCAUAUAAAGUCACAUGAUUCUGUGGAGACUGAAUAGAUGUUAACCGUUUCCAGGAACUGUAUGAGGGAAUUUUCUGUUAUUAACCUUACUAAUGCUUGUGUACUAAAAUAUCCUUCUUUAAGCCUCGGCAUUGGGCCUGAGAUGGUUAAAGAAACUAACUCAUAUAAGAUAUAAAAGUGUGUGUGUGCACAUUAAUAGAGGCCCGUUCUAACUCGUCUGGGUGUGUAGAAUGACCCCAUGAUGUCUGGGAGAUCAGCCAAGACUUGACAGAAACUGACUGGUUCCUCUUCAGUUAACUGGAGACAGAGUAAAUGUUACAUCCUGCACACCAAUGAUUAGGCUAUUGAUGAUUGAGCUAUUGUUCUGUCUGGAGCCUGUUUCUGGGCCAAAGAUUCAUGUUUUGUGUGUGUGUGUGUGUGACCAGUAGGGCCAUACAUCAUCUGGGCCGACAGUCAAAGGCGCUAGCUUGCCCAACUUGGGGAACCAUUGAGUUACUCAAAUCUAAUCACAGUUUAUUUGUCACAUGCGCUGAAUACAGCAGGAAUACCUUACAGUGAAAUGCUUACUUACAGGCUCUAACCAAUAGUGCAAAAAAUGUAUUAGGUGAACAAUAGGUAAGUAAAGAAAUAAAAACAACAGUAAAAAGACAGUGAAAAACAACUGCGAGCAACUGCCGUACCAGGCAGUGAUGCAACCAGUCAGGAUGCUCUCGAUGUUGCAGCUGUAGAACCUUUUGUGGAUCUCAGGACCCAUGCCAAAUCAUUUUAGUUUCCUGAGUGGGAAUAGGCUUUGUCGUGCCCUCUUCCCGACUGUCUUGGUGUGUUUGGACCAUUCUAGUUUGUUGGUGAUGUGGACACCAAGGAACUUGAAGCUCUCAACCUGCUCCACUACAGCCCCGUCAAUGAGAAUGGGGGAGUGCUCGGUCCUCAUUUUCCUGUAGUCCACAAUCAUCUCCUUAGUCUUGGUUACGUUGAGGGAUAGGUUGUUAUUCUGGCACCAUCCGGUCAGGUCUCUGAUCUCCUCCCUAUAGGCUGUCUCGUCGUUGUCGGUGAUCAGGCCUACCACUGUUGUGUCCUCUGCAAACGCAAUGAUGGUGUUGGAGUUGUGCCUGGCCAUGCAGUCGUGGGUGAACAGGGAGUACAGGAGGGGACUGAGCACGCACCCCUGGGGGGCUGUUGGGACAUGUUGAAAAUGUCAGUGAAGCCACCUGCCAGUUUGUCAGCACAUGCCCGGAGCACACGUCCUGGUCCUGGUAAUCAGUCUGGCCCCGCAGCCUUGUGAAUGUUGACCUGUUUAAAGGUCUUACUCGCGUCGGCUACGGAGAGCGUGAUCACACAGUCAUCCGGAACAGCUGAUGCUCUCAUGCAUGCCUCAGUGUUGUUUGCCCUCGAAGCGAGCAUAGAAGUGAUUUAGCUCGUCUGGUAGGCUCGUGUCACUGGGCAGCUCGCGGCUUUGCUUCCCUAUGUAGUCUGUAAUAGUUUGCAAGCCCUGCCACAUAAGACUAGCAUCGGAGCCGGUGUAGUAUGAUUCAAUCUUAGCCCUGUAUUGACACUUUGCCUGUUUGAUGGUUUGUCGCAGGGCAUAGCAGGAUUUCUUAUAAGCUUCUGGGUUAGAGUCCCGCUCCUUGAAUGCGGCAGCUCUACCCUUUAGCUCAGUGUGAAUAUUGCCUACAAUCCAUGGCUUCUGGUUGGGGUUUGUAUGUACAGUCACUGUGGGGACGAUGUCCUCGAUCCCCUUAUUGAUAAAGCCAGUGACUGAUGUGGUGUACUCCUCAAUGCCAUCGGAAGAAUCCCGGAACAUAUUCCAGUCUGCUAGCAAAACAGUCCUGUAGUUUAGCAUCUGCUUCAUCUGACCACUUUUUUAUAGACCGAGUCACUGGUGCUUCCUGCUUUAAUUUUUGCUUGUAAGCAGGAAUCAGGAGGAUAGAGUUGUGGUCGGAAGCAUGUCAGGCGUAACUUCCUGACUGUUAUCCAGAAACACACACAGUAAGCCAAGACAAAUGUUGAUUGACAGCUGACUGUGUUUUAUCAGUUUCACUGACAGUUUCAUUAGUGUGUGUGUGGGGAUUUUCCUUUUUGGUUUGUCUCAGCAUGAACUCAACAGAUUCUUCCAAAACAACAAUGAUAGUGCUUUCCACGUUGCUUCUAAAUAUGAUUACACAUGUCCACACAUCUCUAUUACAAUAUAAAUAUAAGAACAAAAUGUUUGGCCCAUAUGGCCCUAACAACCUAGUAACUUAAAUAUUAUAUAAACAUUUGGUGGCACAGAAAGAAAGGAGAUAUUACUGCACUGUUGGAGCUGGGAAAACAAGUAUUUCACUACUCACUCACAUACACAUAUCUGCAUGUGACCAAUAAAAUGUAGUUUGAUUUGAUUUGUGAAGGAUAUCAUAAAGGCCCAAUGUAGGCUACAUCUUAAUCAAUAUAAAAAUGUAUUGAAAAUGAAAUACAUAAAUCAAAUUUACAUAAGUA